UUGAUGUCACACACAAUUCGCGUUUGAAUCGUUAGAUUUACCUUUUCACAUCACAGCAAUAUUGCAUAUAACUAUUAUAUACAUUCUACGUUAGCAGCAGGUAAACUAGUUACUAGUCUCUCUUGAAAUAUUAGCUUUGAUUUACGCCGUUAUGUAGACAAUCUCAUGAAUCGUCAAAUCCCCGCCAACCCCAGAGAGCUUCCUUCCAGAAUAAAAAAAUACAGGGAAUUACUUUCCUAUAAAGGAUGGAAGGAAGAAGCUCGAGGGCAGUUCGCGCGCACUGAAGGGGAAUGCUUGAGGUUACGGAAUCCUGUUUCUGCCUACGCCAUGAACUUACAGGGUAUGCUAUUCAAGCUGUCUGAAGACCAUCCUAUUGCCGGUUGAGAUGCGGAAAGUGCGUGCAUGCGUGUAAGACCGACAGACAGACAGCGAGAGAGAGAGAGAGAGAGAGAGAGCGAGAGAGAGGAGGGGUAGGAAGAGAGUGUGUGUGUGAGUGAGUGAGACGGAGAGAAAGAGACAGGAUUACAGUAGUUGGAGCAGGUGAUCUUGCCAUAAACCUCCAAGGGGCUGAUCGUUAAGAUCACUGAGCACAGGAUUUUUGUCCCGACCAUGGCGCCAGCAAGCUGCCCAGCACUGCGUGCCACGCUGCCGAUGCUACUUCUCAUGGGAUGUGGCAUUACUUUUUCACUGGGACAGAAUGACACUGAACCGAUCGUUUUGGAGGGAAAGUGCUUGGUGGUUUGCGAUUCGAACCCCUCGGCUGACGGAGGGGUGACCUCCUCUCUCGGAAUAUCUGUCCGAUCUGGCAGCGCAAAGGUGGCUUUCUCCGCGGUCAGAGGAACAAAUCACGAACCUUCAGAAAUGAGCAAUAAAUCCAUGACUAUCUACUUCGACCAGGUAUUAGUUAACAUUGGCAACCAUUUCGACCUAAAAGCGAGCGUAUUCCAGGCCCCGAGGAGAGGAAUUUACAGUUUCAGCUUUCAUGUGGUCAAGGUAUAUAACAGGCAGACUAUACAGGUGAACCUGAUGCAGAAUGAAUAUCCCGUGAUAUCAGCGUUCGCCGGAGACCAGGAUGUCACCCGCGAGGCCGCCAGUAAUGGAGUUCUGCUGCAUCUGGAGCGCGAGGACAAACUCUAUUUGAAGCUGGAAAGGGGCAAUCUGAUGGGCGGAUGGAAAUAUUCUACGUUUUCUGGUUUCUUAGUGUUUCCUCUAUAAACAUCGACUUUGUUUCAACCGACUCUUCUACGACCGAAGGUCAAGUACAUAUAGCCUACUAUUCAUUUGAAAAGAAAGAAAAGAAACAAAACAAAAUAAACAAAAAAAUAAAACACAAAAACUGCCAAAGAAGCAGAACGACAUCGACAUAAUUAAAUAUCUACGUUGAAUAGUGGCAUUUCCUUGGAGCCCGCACUCCCAAAUAAUUUCAGAUUUUUGUUAUGGCUUGGAUAAUGAACCUGUUCGCAUUUACAAACAGUGAAGCUCGAUAUUCAUGCUCGGGAUUGUAUUGCUGGGAAAUCGGUUAAGUUUCUGUCUACAGACUAUACGGCGGACAGAUGAACAAACAAGAGUGUGCACCAAGCCGACGAAUUACAACCAAGAACCGUCAUACCUUUGUUACCAUGCUUUAUUUUUUGUGUCUGUGCAGUCUUUAAGAAAAACGGCCUCCGUCAAGUAAAAUGUGUGGAUAUCUGGACGUUCAUGUGACAAGAAGUGCUUUACUGACAAAAGCAAAGUUUGCACGAAUGGAAGAUGUUUUGCUUUGUUCUGUGUUGUUCCUGGUGUUUCUCCUGGAUGCCAAGCAUAUUGGAAACAAUUCAAAUGUUAAUAAGACGCAUACUAUUUAAAGUGAUUGUUGAAAAAAAUAGAGAAAAAACAAACUGCGUCAUAUUUCUGUUAAUGGAGACAUAUUAAACAUUGGAAAAACUAUUUUGCUAAAACAUUAAUCUAAUUUAUAAAAUAUAUAUAUACAAAUAUCGUCUACGGUACGUUUCGGAUAUGCGUAGCUAGCUUUGAUUUAUUUGUUCAGUAACGUUGCUCUUAAAUGUUUAACUAUGUUGUGAAAGAGCUACAGAAAAUCCUAUAACAUUAGGCCAAAAUGAUAAUAAACUAUCGUAUUGUUA